AGAGCAAGUGAAAGCGAAGCCGCAGUGGGCAGCAGCCGGGCAGAAAUAGCUCCUGCGCGCUUCACCAAAGCCUUCACAGGCCCCUGGCCCCGGCUCCUGGCCUCACGCUUCCCGAUUCCCACAGCUGUAGAGGCAGGCGGUCACCGGAAUAGACAGCAAAUUGGCCGAGACGACAUUCGGGCACAGCGCAGGAGAGCCGCCCGCUGCUUAGCCGCCCCUUGGGUCCCAACUGGACUUCGGGGGUUGGCGGGCUUGGUGGACCCCGAUGCCAGGGCACACACCCCUCCGCGGGGCCCAGGGGCCCCUGGGCGCCUGGCUGCUGGGCGGCCUCUGGGUUUGGGUGCUGGGCAGUCUCUGCGGGCUAGGGGCAGCAGCGCUGCGAGCGGGAACCUGGGGGUCUCCGGGGACGCUGAGCCCUUGCCAGGCGCCGCAGCAGUGGGAGGGGCGUCAGGUGCUGUACCAGCAGAGCACCGGGCGCAACAGCCGCGCCCUGCUCUCCUACGAUGGACUCAACCACCGCGUGCGGGUGCUGGACGAGAGGAAGGCGCUGAUUCCCUGCAAGAGAUUAUUUGAAUAUAUUUUGCUCUAUAAAGAAGGAGUGAUGUUUCAGAUUGAACAAGCCACCAAGCAGUGCUCCAAGAUCACACUGACAGACCCAUGGGAUCCUCUUGACAUUCCUCAGAACUCCACCUUUGAGGACCAGUACUCCAUAGGGGGACCCCAGGAGCAGAUCACUGUCCAGGAGUGGUCUGACAGAAAGUCAGCUAGAUCAUAUGAAACCUGGAUUGGCAUUUACACAGUCAAGGAUUGUUAUCCUGUCCAGGAAACCUUCACCAAAAAUUACAGUGUGGUACUGUCCACACGCUUUUUCGACAUACAGCUGGGCAUUGCAGACCCCAAGGUAUUUAUUCCCCCAAGCACAUGUCAGACAGCCCAGCUGGAGAGGAUGAGCGAGGACUGCUCCUGACAAGCCUGAGAAUGCAGGAAUGACAGCAUCGGACAUCAGACACUGGUGGCCUUAGUUCAAACAGAUUUGAGACUUGAGAGAUGAGAAUCAUCUUUGGAGAUAUACAGUGAUUUUUUUUGUAUAUGAUGUUAACUACUCAACCUAUGUUUACAAGAGAGAAUAGGAUGGAGAUGCUGUGGUAAUGUAAACUGGAGAGAUGAAUACAGGGACUUGGGUAGCCUAUCUGGGUGUGCUGCUUUCUACACGCGCAGUGUAUAGGAAGUGCAACGUCCUACGCAGGGGUGAGAGUGAGAGCAGUUUGCCUUGACAGAGAAGAAUGUUUUAUUACUGACAUUGUUGAGAACCUUCAGAUUCCUGGCACAUGGUGAUAAUAAAAAGCAGAACAGUUCUGGUUAGUUUUACCAUUAAUUUUUAAGUUCUUUGCAGAUAAUGACCCCCUUAUUGUCUCCAUCAGGGAGUUGGCUGGUCUCCCUGGGCCCACCCCAUGCUCCCUAGGCUACUGAAAGAGCCUUAAAAUCUCAGCAACCUUAAGAAUUAAUGGCAUGAGCCAACUGAUAUAAACAUUUUGGGAGGAAAUGAAAUGCUAUAACACAAAGUAAUUACUCCUGUAAAGGGACAUUUUAGACAAGAGAAUUUGAAAAUCUUGAUGCCUGUCACUGGGUAAGCAUGAGUCAUGUCUUUUUCCUUUUUUCCAUGCAAGUGUAUCUGUACUUGUGCUGAAUCAUCACAUAACUUGUCAGCAGACCUACAGAGACAGGUAGUGUUCUAAAAAUAGAAUUGAACUGGGAGCAGGAUGACUGUUGUCUCCAAAAUCCAGGACUAACAUUUCCCUGUACAGUAAUGCCUUUGGCUAACUAAAUGCCCAUGCUUUUUCUCACCUUGGCCUUCCUUGGGUACAACCUCUUUGUCUACUUGAUUUCUGCUAAUCCUUUGUAGAUCAGCUCACACGAUACCCUCAGAGAACUUCUUCCAAGCCUGGAUUGGGUGCACCUUGCAACUUGAGCAUGCUGUUUUCACAUUACUGAUUUAGGCUGCAUGUUAAUUUCCUGUUUACUGGACACUAUCACACACUAGCUUGGCUAGGAGCUCCUUCAGUACAGGAACUGUGCUGUUUACUUUUAUAUGCCCAGCACCAAGUAAGUGCCUGGCACGUGGUCAGUGCCCUAAAAAUUAGUACAGUGGGGAAUGCCAGCCUCUCUAGUUCUUAGUUUCCUCACCUAUUAAUGAGGUUUGGUUUGCUAAUCUAUAUGGAGACUCCCAAUAAUAAAAUUAAUUAUUCUAUAAUACUGUAUUAUUGUAUUUCUUCAGCCUAUCUAUCUAUUAUCUCUUACCAGGACAACUGUGUGACACCUAUGUUAUGCUGAAAACAAUCUGUAGUACCCACUGUUUAUGUUAUUUCAAUAAACAAACUUAAUUGUA